GAGCUGUUGGGUGUUCUUGUCUCUGUGUUCAUGCAAUAAAAUGGCAGAAGCCAAAAUUUCUCAGGAUGAGUUCAUGUGUUCAGUGUGUCUGGAUCUCCUGAAGGAUCCAGUGACCAUCCACUGUGGACACAGUUACUGUAAGAUCUGUAUUACAGACUGCUGGGAUCAGGAGGAUCAGAAGAGAGUCUACAGCUGUCCUCAGUGCAGACAGACCUUCAGUCCAAGACCUGCUUUAGCUGAAAACACCAUUCUGGCUGAAAUGGUGGAGAAACUGAAGAAGAUUAAACUUCCUGCUGACUGUUACGCUGGAGCUGGAGAUGUGCAGUGUGACGUCUGUACUGGAAGAAAACACAAAGCCGUCAAGUCCUGUCUGGUGUGUCUGAACUCUUACUGUCAGAAUCACCUUGAACAACAUGAGACCUUCUUUAAAGGAAAGAGACACAAUCUGACUGAAGCCACUGGACGACUGCAGGAGAUGAUCUGCCAGAAACACGUCAAGAUCCUUGAGGUUUUCUGCCGCACUGAUCAGAAGUGUAUAUGUCUGCUGUGUACAAUGGAUGAACAUAAAAACCAUGACACUGUAUUAACUGCUGCACAGAGGACAGAGAAACAGAAGGAGCUGAAGGAGACGCAGAGGUGGUUCCAGCAGAGGAUCCAGCAGAGAGAGAAAGAUCUUCAGCAGCUGAGAGAGGCUGUGGAGUCUCAUAAGCGCUCUGCACAGACAGCAGUGGAGGACAGUGAGAGGAUCUUCACUGAGCUCAUCCGCUCCAUUGAGAGAAGCCGCUCUGAGGCCACACAGCGGAUCAGAGAUCAGGAAAAGACUGCAGUGAGUCGAGCUGAAGGACGACUGGAGCGACUGGAGCAGGAGAUCAAUGAUCUGAGGAGGAGAGACGCUGAGCUGGAGCAGCUUUCACACACACAGGAUCACAUCCAUUUCCUGCAGAGUUUCCAGUCUCUCUCAGCUCCUCCUGAAUCUACAGACGUAAAUGACGAUCCCUUCAGUUCUCUCUCCUCUUUUGAUGUUGUGAGAGAAUCUGUCCGUCAGCUGAGAGACAAACUGGAGGAUUUCUGCAAAGAGGAGCUGAAGAAGAUCUCUGACAGAGGUAAAUUCACUUUCACCAACAUUGUUCCCAGAACCAGGAACGACUUCCUACAAUAUUCCCAUCAACUCAAUCUGGAUCUGAACACAGUGAAUAAACUUCUCUGUCUGUCUGAGAGGAACAGAGUGAUUACUUACACUAACACAGAGCAGCCGUAUCCUGAUCAUCCAGACAGAUUUGAUGGAUAUAAUCUUCAGGUGUUGUGUAGAGAGAGUGUGUGUGGACGCUGUUACUGGGAGAUUGAGUGGAGUGGGAAUAAUUAUGUGUAUAUAUCAGUGUCAUAUAAGAGCAUCAGCAGGAAGGGAUCGGGUAAUGAGUGUGGGUUUGGAUAUAAUGAUCAGUCCUGGAGUUUGAUCUGCUCUUCCUCCAGUUACUCAUUCAGACACAAUAACAUACAUACUAAACUCCCAGUAAAGUCCAUCAUCAAUAGAAUAGGAGUGUAUGUGGAUCACAGUGCAGGAACUCUGUCCUUCUACAGCGUCUCUGGAGACACAAUGAGCCUCAUCCACACAGUCCAGACCACAUUCACUCAACCGCUCUAUCCUGGGUUUGGUGUUUAUUAUACUGGAUCUUCAGUGAAACUGUGUUGAUGAAUCAGAAUAGACAGUAGAGAGAUUCUACCCAUAAUGCUUUGAGCUCAUGAUGAAUUAGUAACAGUGAGAUGUUAUAGAGUCUCUUAUUUUCUCUUCUUUAUAUUAAUACUACAGCUGAACUGCUGUCAGUGAAAUAACAUGUCAGAAUAAAUGUGUGUAAUGAAUCCUCAUAUAGACAUUGAGAUCAGAGUGUGUGACAGAGAGAUAUGCAAUUUGGCAGGGAAAGAGUCAAUGACUAUAACAUCAGACUGAUCAGAAAUACAUUAGAAGAGAGACAGAUGGCAUCAAAUACAGCACUUUACAUUACAGUCGGUAUGUAUGCUAUACUGUACACAGAUUACCAUGGUAGAGAUUGCCACAUUACUAUAAAUCACUAUGGUAUAGUGAUACCAUUUACUGUAUUGGCAUGAGGUUUCUAGCAAGAAACGUCAUGGCCAUUUCAUAACUUCUACACACCUUUUGAUAACACAGUAAAUGAUAUCACAAAAAUUACUUGGUUAAACUUAAAUGCGACAAAGUCACUACCAGACCCUUGAACACACGGAGACCAGAAGUUAACAGAUGAAUACAAUAGGAGUUAUAUUAAUAAUCACUCUGAUGCUUAUAAUGGCAGUGCACGGAAACCACCAGUUUGAAGCUCAAAAAAGUGCAUCCAUCCAUCAUAAACGUACUCCACACGGCUCCAGGGGUGAAAAAAAGGCCUUCUGAAGCAAUGCGUUUGUGUAAGAAAAAUAUUCAUAUUUAACAAGUUCUAAGGUCAGAUAUCUGGCUUUAAACACUAGAGAAUGAUGAUGAAUAUUGUCUGUACCUGUCACUGUGUCACGAAUGCAGCCUCUGUGGCUCCCUCCGAUCACCACAUGAGGGUUCCGUCACCGGAGUACUAAAUUCAUCCGGACUUCAUUUCCCAUAACCCACUGCCUGGCGCUGAUCACGUGCGCACCUAAUCCCCUUCUGGUGGACUAUAAAACACUCACACACACACACACCGCAAAGUCUUAUUUUGCCACGGCUGACAUUUCUGAGCUUUUUCCCAUGUGUAUUGUUUUCCCAUGUGCGACCUUGGAUUGUUUAUUCUGUUACGACAUCUUGCUGCCUGCCCAUCUGACUCCUUGCGUGUUUUUCUGGAUACCACUAGUUCUGUCUGCUGCCAGCCCGACCCUGUGCCUGUCCCUUCGUUACGAUUCUGCCUUGUCUGUGAUACUGUUGUUGCCUGUGAUUUACCCUUGCCUGUUAUACUAUGAUUGUCUACAUUAAAGCUGCACAUGGAUCCCAUGGCUUCUGACCCUUCGUUACACACUAAGACAAAAGUACAACUUAUCAGUAUGUUUUGGGAAUCUUUCCUGUUUAUAGUUAAAGCCUGGGCCAACUUCAGCCUUGAAGAAGGUGUGAAUCAUGUGUAUUUGU